CGUCGAUGGAUCUCUCUGCCUGAUCAUCCACCAUCCCUGCUUGACCAGUAGCAGUGCUCAUCAUCCUCUCGUCUUGGGAUAUACCUGCAGACUGGCAACACCAUCGUUCUCCCCGCUUGGCAUCACCACCCUCAUCCGCCUCGUGCCCACUCCAUACACAUCGGCUCAGCGCAAGUCGCUCUUUGCAACCAAACUACCACAACGAAAUCCGGUGCAGCCUCCUCUCCCAGCGCGGCACCCUCAUCCGAUCAACCCGCAUCGCCCAUGUCUGCGCUUCUUGCCUUUGGAUCAAACUCGCACGGGCAGCUCGGGAUUGCUUCAUCGAGCGAUGCCCACUGUCCUGAGCCCGCCCUUGAAGACAGCUUCCUGAUCUCGGCCGUUGCUGUAUCACUCAGCGGCGGUGCAAAUCAUUCGGCUAUGGUUCUUGACGACGGAUCGCUCGUCACCUGGGGCGACAACUCUCAGGGCCAACUCGGUCGCCAACCGGGCAAGGCGUCCUCUCAAGCUGAUCUUGUCCAAACGCAGCCGAGUCAUCGAUGGGCCAAGGUUCGCUGCGGGUGGAACCAUACCGCUGCGCUGGACCAGGACGGCAUCCUCUGGACAUUCGGCGAGAAUCGGUACGGCCAGUUGGGUUACGACACCGGCGGUGCCGAGUCGUCAUGCACUGCAACAUCAGUCCGUGGCCUGCCCGGGCCAGUUGUGGAUGUGGACUGCGGGAUCCGACACACCGUCGCCGUGCUGGAGAACGGCCAGGUCUGGGCAUGGGGAUGCAAUCGAUCUGGGCAGUUGGGGCAGCGUCAGAGCGACGCUGGCAACAGCAAAUCAAACCUGGCUCCGUUCCAGCCUUUGCGCAUUCAAGGCAUCGACAACGGGGCGGCUGUCGCAUGCGGCCAGAAACAUACCAUCAUCUUGACCCUCGAUGGGGAGAUCUAUGCAUUGGGCUGGAACAGACAUGGUCAGCUUGGACAGCAGCCAUCGUCGAUCAAGUCCACGGCAGUCCCCCGGCGCAUCGACUUGCCUGAGGCUACAACCGACCCGGUGCGCCAGGUCUGCAGCGGAUGGUCGCAUAGCAUGGCCCUGACGGCGUCCGGAGCGGUCUAUGCCUGGGGCCGCAACGACCAUGGCCAGCUGGGGAUCAAGCACGACGAACUUGCUGCUCGGAGCUCAGGAGCGACAGCAAGCCAGCCGACACCGCUCUGCUGGAAGCCCGUGCGGAUACCGCUGCAAUGCGGCCGAGUCUCGUCGAUCGUCUGCGGCUCUGAACAUGUCCUGGCCGUCGACGAGGAUGGGCGGUGUCAUGCCUGGGGAUGGAACGAGCACGGCAACUGUGGAAACGGAGCCACCCGGGACUGCGAACCGACGAUCCUCGAGGGUAUUGUGGGCCGGGUGAGUGUAGCUGGGUGCGGAUGUGGCCACUCGCUGGUUUGCAUCCGGUCUGCAGAUCGCAGAGUUUGAUGGUGGCAAUAUACGCAUCUUCUCCUCGUCGCGA